AUGUGUUACGGCUACGACCUGCUGCAUGGACUGCUCCCAAAGGCUGUCCUCUCCCAGUGUCCAUACGACCUGCUGCAUGGACUGCUCCCAAAGGCUGUCCUCUCCCAGUGUCCAUACGACCUGCUGCAUGGACUGCUCCCAAAGGCUGUCCUCUCCCAGUGUCCAUACGACCUGCUGCAUGGACUGCUCCCAAAGGCUGUCCUCUCCCAGUGUCCAUACGACCUGCUGCAUGGACUGCUCCCAAAGGCUGUCCUCUCCCAGUGUCCAUACGACCUGCUGAAUGGACUGCUCCCAAAGGCUGUCCUCUCCCAGUGUCCAUACGACCUGCUGCAUGGACUGCUCCCAAAGGCUGUCCUCUCCCAGUGUCCAUACGACCUGCUGCAUGGACUGCUCCCAAAGGCUGUCCUCUCCCAGUGUCCAUACGACCUGCUGCAUGGACUGCUCCCAAAGGCUGUCCUCUCCCAGUGUCCAUACGACCUGCUGCAUGGACUGCUCCCAAAGGCUGUCCUCUCCCAGUGUCCAUACGACCUGCUGCAUGGACUGCUCCCAAAGGCUCCUGACCUCUUCGUCUCCAUCACAGUCGCUCGUGUCUCUGUACAGGCCCAUCACAGUCGCUCGUGUCUCUGUACAGGCCCAUCACGGUCGCUCCUGUCUCUGUACAGGCCCAUCACGGUCGCUCCUGUCUCUGUACAGGCCCAUCACGGUCGCUCCUGUCUCUGUACAGGCCCAUCACGGUCGCUCCUGUCUCUGUACAGGCCCAUCACGGUCGCUCCUGUCUCUGUACAGGCCCAUCACAGUCGCUCCUGUCUCUGUACAGGCCCAUCACGGUCGCUCCUGUCUCUGUACAGGCCCAUCACGGUCGCUCCUGUCUCUGUACAGGCCCAUCACGGUCGCUCCUGUCUCUGUACAGGCCCAUCACGGUCGCUCCUGUCUCUGUACAGGCCCAUCACGGUCGCUCCUGUCUCUGUACAGGCCCAUCACGGUCGCUCCUGUCUCUGUACAGGCCCAUCACGGUCGCUCCUGUCUCUGUACAGGCCCAUCACGGUCGCUCCUGUCUCUGUACAGGCCCAUCACGGUCGCUCCUGUCUCUGUACAGGCCCAUCACGGUCGCUCCUGUCUCUGUACAGGCCCAUCACAGUCGCUCCUGUCUCUGUACAGGCCCAUCACGGUCGCUCCUGUCUCUGUACAGGCCCAUCACGGUCGCUCCUGUCUCUGUACAGGCCCAUCACGGUCGCUCCUGUCUCUGUACAGGCCCAUCACGGUCGCUCCUGUCUCUGUACAGGCCCAUCACAGUCGCUCCUGUCUCUGUACAGGCCCAUCACGGUCGCUCCUGUCUCUGUACAGGCCCAUCACGGUCGCUCCUGUCUCUGUACAGGCCCAUCACGGUCGCUCCUGUCUCUGUACAGGCCCAUCACAGUCGCUCCUGUCUCUGUACAGGCCCAUCACGGUCGCUCCUGUCUCUGUACAGGCCCAUCACGGUCGCUCCUGUCUCUGUACAGGCCCAUCACGGUCGCUCCUGUCUCUGUACAGGCCCAUCACGGUCGCUCCUGUCUCUGUACAGGCCCAUCACAGUCGCUCCUGUCUCUGUACAGGCCCAUCACGGUCGCUCCUGUCUCUGUACAGGCCCAUCACAGUCGCUCCUGUCUCUGUACAGGCCCAUCACGGUCGCUCCUGUCUCUGUACAGGCCCAUCACGGUCGCUCUGUCUCUGUACGCCUCACGCGCUCCUGUCUCUGUACAGGCCCAUCACGGUCGCUCCUGUCUCUGUACAGGCCCAUCACGGUCGCUCCUGUCUCUGUACAGGCCCAUCACGGUCGCUCCUGUCUCUGUACAGGCCCAUCACGGUCGCUCCUGUCUCUGUACAGGCCCAUCACGGUCGCUCCUGUCUCUGUACAGGCCCAUCACGGUCGCUCCUGUCUCUGUACAGGCCCAUCACGGUCGCUCCUGUCUCUGUACAGGCCCAUCACGGUCGCUCCUGUCUCUGUACAGGCCCAUCACGGUCGCUCCUGUCUCUGUACAGGCCCAUCACGGUCGCUCCUGUCUCUGUACAGGCCCAUCACGGUCGCUCCUGUCUCUGUACAGGCCCAUCACAGUCGCUCCUGUCUCUGUACAGGCCCAUCACGGUCGCUCCUGUCUCUGUACAGGCCCAUCACGGUCGCUCCUGUCUCUGUACAGGCCCAUCACGGUCGCUCCUGUCUCUGUACAGGCCCGUCACAGUCGCUCCUGUCUCUGUACAGGCCCGUCACAGUCGCUCCUGUCUCUGUACAGGCCCAUCACGGUCGCUCCUGUCUCUGUACAGGCCCAUCACGGUCGCUCCUGUCUCUGUACAGGCCCAUCACGGUCGCUCCUGUCUCUGUACAGGCCCAUCACAGUCGCUCCUGUCUCUGUACAGGCCCAUCACGGUCGCUCCUGUCUCUGUACAGGCCCAUCACAGUCGCUCCUGUCUCUGUACAGGCCCAUCACGGUCGCUCCUGUCUCUGUACAGGCCCGUCACAGUCGCUCCUGUCUCUGUACAGGCCCAUCACAGUCGCUCCUGUCUCUGUACAGGCCCAUCACAGUCGCUCCUGUCUCUGUACAGGCCCAUCACGGUCGCUCCUGUCUCUGUACAGGCCCAUCACGGUCGCUCCUGUCUCUGUACAGGCCCAUCACGGUCGCUCCUGUCUCUGUACAGGCCCAUCACGGUCGCUCCUGUCUCUGUACAGGCCCAUCACAGUCGCUCCUGUCUCUGUACAGGCCCAUCACAGUCGCUCCUGUCUCUGUACAGGCCCGUCACAGUCGCUCCUGUCUCUGUACAGGCCCGUCACGGUCGCUCCUGUCUCUGUACAGGCCCGUCACAGUCGCUCCUGUCUCUGUACAGGCCCAUCACGGUCGCUCCUGUCUCUGUACAGGCCCAUCACGGUCGCUCCUGUCUCUGUACAGGCCCAUCACGGUCGCUCCUGUCUCUGUACAGGCCGCUCUCUGA